CCGCAUCGCACGCGUCCCAUGCUCAGCUCCAGGCGCGAGUGGAUCGCCCGUCGACGUACAGACCACUCCGUCCCCAUCAUCCCUGAAUCUUAUCUCCAUCAUCUGGGCAUAUAAGCUACCACACCAACCUCCACCACAGGCGCGGGCUGCUCCUUUGCUUCCUGCUCUCAUCUCCAUUUCGCCGCCUCCCCUCAGACUCAACGAACCGCGACCAACAUGGCUUCCCGUCGCCCCUCUGCCGCCAUCCUCGACUCCCCGGUCAUUGGCAGCCGGCGACCCUCCAUCCUGGAGAGGAGGCAGUCCGAGAUGUCCUCCCGCCGCCCUUCAAUUGACCCGUCGAGGCUGAUGCCCAUGGACAAGACAUCGCAUCUCGCCGGCCCCGAUGACUUCAACGUCCUUUUCGUCGGAGCGGGGAACAUCAUGUUCGGCUCUGAUGAAGGCCCCUGGAACCACUCCUUCCGCUUCGAACACAAACUCGGCCCGCGCCUCAAGGUCGUCGCGCUGAUCGACCCCGCCAUCGACCGCGCGACGGCGGUCCUCCAGAAGAAGUGCGACACGUUCGUGCGCUCCGCGUACGAGCACACCCGCGUCUUCAAGACGCUCGAUGACUUCGUCAAGAACAUGACCCGCAAGGACAUGCCCCGCGCGGUCGUCAUCGGCAGCCCGCCCAUGUUCCGCGGGACCACCCAGUCCGGGCGCGACAUUGAGCUUCAGGUGCUCAAGCACUUCCCCGGCGUCGCGCUCUUUGUGGAGAAACCGGUUGCAACGGGUCCGUCGAGCGAGAUUGAGGAGGCGUUCAAGGUCUCAAAGGCUAUCACCGAUAGCCAGACGGUCUGCUCCGUUGGCUACAUGUUGAGGUAUUUGAAGGCCGUACAGAUGAUGAAGCAGAUCAUCGAGGAGAACAAUUUGACCGUCAUGGCCACCAUCGCGCGCUAUGCCUGCGCGUACGAAGCCAUCGCCAAGCCGGACUGGUGGGACAAGUCCAAGAGCGCUGGCCCCAUCGUCGAGCAGGGCACGCACUUCUGCGACCUGUCGCGCUACUUCGGCGGAGAUGUCGACAUGUCGACCGUCCAGGCGCACUCGCUCGAGUGGGACGAGAACGCCGGCCACCUCUCGAAAAUGGUCGUCGACGAGACCGCGAUCCCGCCUGAGAACCGCAUCCCCCGUGUCACAUCCGCAACCUGGAAAUACGAGAGCGGUGCUGUAGGCAGCUUCACUCACCUGGUCGCGCUCCAGGGCCACGACUACAGCUGCGAGCUCGAAGUCUACGCGGACGGGUACCAGCUCAAGCUCGUCAACCCAUACGUGCAGCCGGUUCUGUACAUCCGCAAGCCGGGCAGCGACCACGAAGAGUCGCAUCGUUUCCCCGACGACGACCCAUUCUUCUCCGAGAUCUCCGUGUUGAUCGACAACGUCGAGGACAUUGAGGAGGACCCGGAGACUUCGACGAUCCUGAGCACCUUCGAGGAUGCUUGCAGGACGUACCAGCUCACCUGGGCCAUCCGUGAGUCGACGGAGCACAAUCGCAAGCCGAAGCCGCAGUGAAGGGAGAAGGGAAUGGAGCAUGCAUAACUGAUCUCUGAAUACAAAUACCGUAAAAAGCGUGUAGAUGGUGGCAAGGUGCUGCCGUGUAACUGAUGUACUGUCAUGAGAACAAUAGACGUUAUCUCUGAACUGACAU